UAAUAUCAUUUUUAUCCCUUAGAAUCGUUUUCAAGUGGUUGAUUUUUGUCAAAUUUUCAGUAGAUGAGCAGUUAUGCCAUUUUCCUGAAUUUGAUUUGUGACAUGACCUUAUGCUACAUUUUUCUUUACAUCCUUUUAAGAGUGUUUCUCUGCUUUUCUUGAAGACUUACAUUUAUACAUGGAUAUAAACACACUAUAUCAAUUCCUGUUGUUUUCAGUUAUCAUUCAAGACGAUACUGAAGUGACAGACAUGUCCCAUGCAUCAGAAGCCAUGAUACAUGGUCGCAGUCUGGAUUCUAUCCCUUCAGCCUAUACAAAUGGCAGUAGUAGUCCAGGACCAAACAGUUUAGAUCCCGACAUUAGCCCUGAUGAACAGGAAGAGAAAGCUCGAUUGAUUUCUCAGGUGCUGGAACUGCAGAACACAUUAGAUGACUUGUCGCAGCGGGUGGACAGUGUAAAGGAGGAGAACUUGAAGUUGCGUUCAGAAAAUCAGGUUCUGGGGCAGUACAUUGAAAAUCUGAUGUCAGCCUCCAGUGUGUUCCAGUCUACCUCACCCAAGACUAAGAAGAAAUGAACUAACAAUAUUUUCUAGUUUGUUGCACCGCCUUCCCUCCAUAGAGUUUAUCCAGUGCAAACAUGAGGACUGGUUGGUAAAUCUUGAUGCUCUUCUCUGAAUUCUUUCCCUCACAGUCUUUGUGAUAAGUUACUGAAUAAGGAAGUGAUUCUGUUCUGUUCUCUUGCCACUGCCGUAGACUGCAUUCCUCACCCGCAGAUUUCCUUUUUACAUAUUUUACUUGAAAUAUAUGGCAAAUACAGUGAUAAAUAGCUUUAUUUACUUUAUACUUAUUACAGUAAAUAUUUAUGAGCUGUCAUUGAAGUUCAUUUCUGUAAUGUUAAGAACUGUACUUGGGCAUGCCAAGGAGGAAGUGCUUGUUUAAUUUCCUUUCCUCCAUAAUGAUAUUUUAGGAAUAUACAGUUUUUAAGAACGAUGACUUCCUUGAUCUUUAAUAAGUGUGAUGUGUCAGCUGUCAGCUUUAUGUAUACAGAUUGUCUUAACUUAUUCCAAAUUGUGUACUGCCUCUUGAAAUAUAAAAUAAUUAAGGAGUGAAUAUUUGUAUAUAAUAAUAUUUGAGCUAACAACACGGAUGGGACUUUUAAAUGGUGGUACGGCUGAACAGUGGCUUCAUAAUUUUGUGUAUUGUUUUUGUUUCCGUUUUGUGGAUGUGCGUAAUGAUGAUUAGAUUUUUAUGUUUCUAUUACUUUUCUGGCCAAAGAAUGUUAAUUUAAUAUGAUACUGUGGUGUAGAAUGGUUUAUUUUACAGCAGUUGUAAAUCAGAGUAAUAUUGUAUAAUAAAUUGUCACACAACCAACA